AGGAUGGCCGGGCCAUGGCGACGGGCACAGGCUACGUGCGGCUGUGGGGAGCUGCGCGGUGUUGGGCGCUGCGGCGGCCGCUCCUGGCUGUUGCGGGGGGGCGGGUCCCAGCUGUGGCUGGAGCGUGGUUGCCUAGAGGCCGGCGGGCCUGCGACACUUCUCCACUUUGGGCGCUGUGGGGUCGUGGUCCCGCAGCUGCGUGCCAAUGGCGGGGGCUUUGGGAAGGGAACAACCGUGGCAGCAGCGGUGGCUCGUUCUCGGGCGGCGAGGAUGCCCCUGAGGGCGGCGUGGAGGAUGGCGCCGCGGGCGCGGGGGGCAGCGCGGGCGGCGGGGAAGGCCCCAUCGUAACGGCGCUGACUCCUAUGACCAUCCCAGACGUGUUCCCUCACCUACCACUCAUCGCUGUCACCCGCAACCCGGUAUUCCCGCGCUUUAUCAAGAUUAUCGAGGUUAAAAAUAAGAAGUUGGUUGAGCUGCUAAGAAGGAAAGUCCGUCUUGCCCAGCCAUAUGCCGGUGUCUUUCUAAAGAGAGAUGACACUAAUGAGUCUGACGUAGUCGAGAGCUUGGACGAGGUCUACCACACAGGGACAUUUGUCCAGAUCCACGAGAUGCAGGACCUCGGGGACAAGCUGCGCAUGAUCGUCAUGGGACACAGAAGGAUUCACAUCAGCAGACAGCUGGAGGUGGAGCCGGAGGAUGCCGAGGCCGAGAACAAGCAGAAGCCACGCCGGAAGCCCAAGCGGAGCAAGAAGGAGGCGGAGGAGGAUCCCAGUGCCCGGCGCCAGAUGGAGGUGGUGGUAGAGCCCAACUCGGGUGCCCCUGGCGAGGUGCUCAUGGUGGAAGUUGAAAACGUCAUCCAUGAGGACUUCCAGGUCACAGAAGAAGUGAAGGCCCUGACUGCUGAGAUUGUGAAGACCAUCCGGGACAUCAUUGCCUUGAACCCGCUCUACAGAGAGUCUGUGCUGCAGAUGAUGCAGGCAGGCCAGAGGGUGGUGGACAACCCCAUCUACCUGAGCGACAUGGGUGCCGCGCUGACCGGAGCCGAGUCCCACGAGCUGCAGGACGUCCUGGAGGAAACCAAUAUUCCCAAGCGUCUGUAUAAGGCCCUGUCCCUCCUCAAGAAGGAGUUUGAGCUGAGCAAACUGCAGCAGCGCCUGGGGCGGGAGGUGGAAGAGAAAAUCAAGCAGACACACCGCAAGUACCUCCUGCAAGAGCAGCUGAAGAUCAUCAAGAAGGAACUGGGCCUGGAGAAGGAGGACAAAGACGCCAUUGAGGAGAAGUUCCGGGAGCGGCUGAAAGAGCUUGUGGUCCCCAAGCAUGUCAUGGACGUUGUGGAUGAGGAGCUGAGCAAGCUGGGCCUGCUAGAUAACCACUCCUCGGAGUUCAACGUCACCCGCAACUACCUGGACUGGCUGACAUCCAUCCCCUGGGGCAAGUCCAGUGAUGAGAACCUGGACCUGGCCCGGGCCCAGGCAGUGCUGGAGGAGGACCACUAUGGGAUGGAGGACGUCAAGAAGCGCAUCCUGGAGUUCAUUGCCGUCAGUCAGCUCCGAGGCUCGACCCAGGGCAAGAUCCUCUGUUUCUACGGCCCCCCUGGUGUGGGCAAGACCAGCAUCGCCCGUUCCAUCGCCCGCGCCCUGAACCGCGAGUACUUCCGCUUCAGUGUCGGGGGCAUGACCGAUGUGGCCGAGAUCAAGGGGCACAGGCGGACAUAUGUGGGCGCCAUGCCAGGAAAGAUCAUCCAGUGUCUGAAGAAGACCAAGACGGAGAACCCCCUGAUCCUGAUUGAUGAGGUGGAUAAGAUUGGUCGGGGUUACCAGGGGGACCCCUCGUCAGCACUGCUUGAGUUGCUGGACCCUGAGCAGAAUGCCAACUUCCUAGACCACUACCUGGACGUGCCUGUGGACUUAUCCAAGGUGCUGUUCAUCUGCACGGCCAACAUCACCGAGACCAUCCCAGAGCCACUGAGGGACCGGAUGGAGAUGAUCAACGUGUCGGGCUACGUGGCCCAGGAGAAGCUCGCCAUUGCAGAGCGGUACCUGGUCCCCCAGGCCCGUGCCCUGUGUGGCCUGGAUGAGAGCAAGGCCAAACUGUCGUCUGAAGUGCUGACCGUCCUCAUCAAGCAGUACUGCCGGGAGAGCGGUGUGCGCAACCUGCAGAAGCAGGUGGAGAAGGUCUUAAGGAAGUCCGCCUACAAGAUUGUCAGUGGUGAGGCCGAGUCGGUGGAGGUGACACCUGAGAACCUGCAGGACUUUGUGGGGAAGCCGGUGUUCACUGUGGAGCGCAUGUAUGACGUGACGCCGCCCGGCGUGGUCAUGGGGCUGGCCUGGACCGCCAUGGGAGGCUCCACACUGUUUGUUGAGACAUCCCCAAGGCGGCCCCGGGAGGACAGCAAGGCGGACAAGGACGGGAGCCUGGAGGUGACAGGCCAGCUGGGGGAGGUGAUGAAGGAGAGUGCCCGCAUCGCCUACACCUUCGCAAGGGCCUUCCUGAUGCAGCAUGACCCCACCAAUGAGUACCUGGUGACUUCACACAUCCACCUGCACGUGCCUGAGGGUGCCACCCCCAAAGACGGCCCCAGUGCCGGCUGCACCAUCGUCACAGCCCUGCUCUCUCUGGCCAUGGACAGGCCGGUGCGGCAGAACCUGGCCAUGACUGGCGAGGUCUCCCUCACAGGCAAGAUCCUGCCAGUGGGCGGCAUCAAGGAGAAGACCAUUGCGGCUAAGCGCGCCGGAGUCACAUGCAUCAUCCUGCCAGCAGAAAACAAGAAGGACUUCUACGACCUGGCUGCUUUCAUCACCGAAGGCCUGGAGGUCCACUUUGUGGACCACUACCGCCAGAUCUUUGACAUUGCCUUCCCAGAGGAGCAGGCGGAGGCGCUAGCUGUGGAGCGGUGAUUGUGGCCCAGGCACCGCAGGUGCUUAUAGGCCACGCUGAGCUGGAACUGCACUGCAGGGAAGGGCUCUGGGCUGUCAAGCCAUCAGGAGGGUCAGCAAGUGGCCCAGAACCCAAGGACCUCGGUUAGGAUUUAAUCAUGGAAUCUGAUGCUUACAAAACUAUUUAAUAACGAUUAAAGACUAUUUCCAGUAUU